CUUUCUCUGCCACAUGAUCACACACAACUGUCCAGUACAAUAUGAGGAAACUAACUCUUGCUCUCUUCCUCGCUGUGUGUAUCUGCUCUGUAGCAGUUCACAGCAGGAUCAGGCAGAAGAGAGCCUGGAUCAUUGACAGCUUCAACAUUGAGGAAGAAAACCCCGGCCCUUUCCCAUACUUGUUGGGGACGAUUGAACUGGACAAAAAAUAUUUGGUCAACUUCGGUCUGCAUGGCAGCGGCGUUGAUGAAGAGCCCAAAGGAGUUCUGACAAUCAAUAAAAAAAAUGGCCAGAUUUCGGUCCAUAAGAAGGUUGACUACGAGACUUUUCACUUGCUCAAGUUAACAUUUGAAGCAACAAACGCCUCCAAUAACAAAGUGGACACAAGGCUCGGGGUUGAAAUCAAGAUCUUGGACAUCAAUGACCACGCCCCAGUCUUUAGUCCACCUCACCAGCAGGCUACUGUGAACGAGUCUACAGCUCAAGGUCGGUUAGUAGCAACAGUGAUGGCCACAGAUAGGGAUGACUCACAAUCUCCAAAUGGAACCUUCUCCUUCAAUAUUGUUUCUGUUACUCCUAAAACGGACAAUGUGGAGUUUUUCCUUGAGCCGACUGGACCGUCCACUACAGGAAGGAUAUUUUUUAGGGGAUGUUUAGACUAUGAGAAAGCAAAGAAAUAUACCAUCCUGGUGGAAGCCAAGGAUCAGGGAGAUAAAGUGCAGCUCUCCAGCACGAGUAGCGUGACAGUGAACAUUAUCGACAAGAACAAUUACCCCCCGGAGAUCACGGGUCAAACAGGCCCUGGUAGGAUAAAGGAACGAGACACUGGAGUGGAAGUCCUGCGCCUGCAAGUAGCUGAUAAAGACAGUCCAGGUUCACAAGCCUGGAAAGCAAAAUACACAAUUCAUGGAGAUAAGGAAAAAUAUUUCAAAAUAGAGACGGACCCCAAGACUAAUGAAGGAGUCCUAACAGUUAUAAAGGCAAUGGAUUACGAGGAGCAAACUUCAAGAAAUGUGUCAAUCAGUGUGGCAAAUGAGGUGCCAUAUUUCUCCUGUGAGAUCACCGGACGUCCUGCUAAGAGAUUAUGGGAUGUAAAGACCUUCAAUGAAGAGCCUGGCAAAAGUUUACCAGACUUCCCUAAGUUGUAUCCUGUCACCAUUGCUGUGGAGGACGUAAACGACCCUCCAGAGUUUGUACCACCUGUUAGAAAGGUGGGGAUCAUGGAGAACACAGAACCAAGAACCUACUUGUGCACUCUUGAAGCCAAAGACCCUGAUAAAACCUUCGCCAGCAAGUUUCGUUUUAGCAAAGGAGAAGAUGUAGAUAACUGGAUAACUGUAGAUCCAGAAACUGGUGAAGUGUUCACAGCAAAGGUUCUGGACAGAGAAUCACCCUUGUUGAAGGACAGUUCCUACAGUGUGAUCCUCUAUGUUGUGGAUAAUGGUGCACCUCCUAUGACGGGGACAGGAACCCUGAUCAUCCAGGUGGGAGAUCUGAAUGAUAAUCUGCCCAUAAUUGAGGUGAACACACUGGGUAUGUGUUUAUCUGAUGAGGCCACCACGGCUAACAUCACCGCUGUGGAUCUGGACCUGCCUCCAUACAGCAGCCCCUUCACCUACGAGCUCCUGGGGGAUGUUAAGGGGAAAUGGAGUAUUGACCCCUCUGUAGGGACAACUGUGAACCUGGUGAAAGAAAGCACUGUCCAUUCAGGCGUUCACGAGCUUCAGAUCAAAGUAUCUGACACCCAGGGCCUUUCCCAGACACAGAACCUCUCCGUCACUGUGUGUGAUUGCACCAGCACACCAAACUGCCAUCUACGCAGAUCUUCAGGUGCCCAGGUGGGCAGCGCUGCCAUCGGGAUCAUGGUUUUCGCGUUGCUUCUUCUUCUAGCUAUUCUUCUCAUGGCCUUUAUGAUCUCCUGCAAGCACGAGAAAAAAAUGAUCAUGACUGAUGACGAACCUGGCUGGCGUCUCCUUGAGUCCAAUAUUGAGACUCUUGGCACAGACUGCAAGGUUCCUGCCAAAAUCACCCAAGUGGACUCCACCCAGACCGUGAAGGCAAAGCCCACUUUGAUAUCAACAUACAAUGGAAUUCCAAAGCAUGAAGUCAUACAACAGAAUCACCAGCAGGCUUACUAUGACAGUGCUUUUCAAAAAGAACAGUUGUUGAGGAGAUCUCUGCGACGGAGCUCCACAAGACGCUCAUAUAGAAGUUACCACUCAUCGAUGAGCCAAGUGAAGAGAAACUAUUCUAUUUACAGUGUAGAUGACUUUCACCUCAGACAGAACCUGCUCACUCAGAUUAAUCAGAACCUUUUCCAGCUCCAGGUCCCAGGAGAAGAGCUUGGUGACUAUGAGCCCUAUUGCUAUGCAUAUGAAGGAGAACCCAUGAUUGACCCUCAGCUGGAUGCCAUCUCCCUCCCUGAGAAUGACUUCAAUCCAGACGUUCUCACAAACCUUGAUCAGCGAUUCAACAAGCUGGCAAGCAUCUGCAGGCCUGAUUUAACGUCAUAGCUUUACCAAAAGAAGAUGCUCAGAAAGUGAAAACCUGUGUGUUCUUGUAUAAAGAAGACGUC